AUGGCAAAUAUAUCCCGCUGGGGCAUACAACCCCCCAAACACCCACAGCUACCAUCGUGGGAGACUGUGAAGGGCGACCUUGAGCAGUUUCUUGGAUCAAACCAUAAUGAGGCAUCAGCCGCCCGACUUGCGCACGUCGAAGGCCGACAUGGCUCAGGAAAGAGCACCGGAAUGAUAGAGUUUAUCUGGGAGAAGAUCCAUGCCUCCGACCAAGACAAUGUGGUUAUCUACGUUCCGGCAUUCGGCCUUGAAGCUUUGAUGCUUUCUGCAUACUUCGAGACGGAAGCGUCGCCAUACCAGAAGCUGAAGCAGAAUAUCUGCGUCGGCCUUGAGAAACUCGAGUCAAAGCUCCACCUCGCAACUGCUACCCAACUCCGUAGCGCUCUUCGUGGUGUACUUCGGAAGGAUACACCCCGUCGGGUCGUUCUCUUGAUGGACCUAGAACUAUCCCCCACAGCCGACGGCGAGCUCCUCCUCUCCGAGCUGGUAAAGUGGUAUCGACUAACCCACAAUUGCGACCUUACUCUGAUCACCAUGGCAUCGUUUACGCGUCCGCCUGUGCAUACAUUUUUGGAGGCCUGGUUGAAUACAAAAUGCCGGCAUAUUACAUGCGCCUUCACACAGAUACCAGUUCUGACCAGCAAAGACUUACCGUUAAGUACCAUCUGGUGGCAGGAACGCGAUAGAAAUCUACCCAUUCUAAUCUUAGAUGCACUGCGUAUCGCGAUCCCCCCAACCCCGGAGUUAUACUAUAACCCAGAGGUGAAAAUUGAUAUAGAUGAUAAGCUAAAUGCUAUGAGAUCUCGCAUGAAAUACUUGGAUAAUGCCGCGGCUGCUACAGAAGCUACUAAGACUAUUGAACAGUUUUCUCGCCUGACGGAAGGCUGUCCCUUAGGUCCGUGUGUCGUCGUGAUUCAAAAUAAAGAGGAUUCCCACGGCAUCGGCAAGAUGCUGGAUGAAGAACCCAGUUUCGUUAAUGUCGCCGAAUUCCGAGCUUGGCCGAAAAUGACAUUAGCAAAUUGGCUGGAAGUGAUUCUAUAUCCUGGCCCCAAGAUAGUCUACAUCGAACCCAAUAUGCCCGUCGUAUUGCACCUCCCAAGAGUUACGGCUAUAAUAUCCCUCUCUACUUAUUAUAGUAAGAUGUUUGACCGUGAGACCUCUUCAUUCGCCUGGACUAGUACGCCCAAAUCACGCAUGGAGCUCCUAAAAGAGCAGUCAUAUGCGAGAAAGACUUCCGUCGCCCAGGUUCCCACAACCCCAAGAUUCUACUGCGUUGACAAGGAUGACAGCCGCUUUUCGAGUGCCAACUUCGACAAAUGGGCACUAGCCCCCCCGGCCCCCAUACGAAGACCAGUUCAUGCGCUUAUGCUUCGAGGUCUGCGCCCCGUGGCCGGAUGA